CAUGUCUGCUGGAUGUGUAAUCAGAAAGGGGUUGACCCUGAAGGCACCAUGAGCCCGGCUCCUCUCCAGCAGAGGGCGAUGAAGAGAAGCAGCCGGGCCGCAGCAGCGUCCCCACCGCCGAAGAAAACUGAAAUGUAUCGUUGUCAUGUGUCAUGCAGUCUGGCUGGUGGUCAGCUGACAAAUGGGUCGCCUGUGAUGUUUACUUUCUUUGUUUAGCGCGUGAAACCUGCCUUUUUGAAUGAAUGCAGCGGCAUGCUUUGCCAAAGAGAACCAUGGUAGUCGUCAAUUCGGUGCUCAAGCUGUUGCAGCGGCAGACCUACACCUGUCUGUCCCAUCGGUAUGGGCUCUACCUCUGCUUUGGGGGGAUAGUCCUCAUGAUAGUGUCCGCCUUUCAGUUUGGAGAGGUGGUGGUGGAGUGGAGUCGGGACCAGUAUCAUGUGCUCUUCGACUCCUACAGAGACAAUGUGGGUGGCAAAUCGUUCCAAAGCAGGCUCUGUCUGCCCAUGCCUAUUGAUGUAGUUUACACAUGGGUGAACGGUACAGACGUGGCUCUGCUGAAAGAACUGAAGACGGUCAAAGAGCAACUGGAGGAGGAACAAAGAGCACUGAGGGAACGCUUGGGGAAAAAUGCCAGUGAGACAACUGAAGUGCCAAAAGAGAGUGUAAAGCCAGAAUGCCUGCUGUCCCACUGCAUCAUAGCGCCAAUGCUGGCCCUGGACCCCGCUCUGCCUGCCAACAUCACUCUCAAAGAGCUGCCGUCGCUCUCCCCGUCCUUCUCCACUGCCAAAGAGCUGCUGCUGAUGAACACACCCUUCAACCCGUCCACCACCGUGUCUGUGGCUGUCUUCCAUUCGCAGGCCGAUGCUGAUAAAGCCUACAAAGAUGUGUCUAAAGAAGUCCAGAAAUUCUCCGUGUCCAGAUGUUACCUGACGACAGAUAAAGAGGCUCCUGGUCUGAUCCGCAUGCAGUCUCUGGCGUACUUGAGCGGCUUCCCAGCAACCUUUAAGGAAACGGAGCAGCUGAGAGUCAAACUGCCCUCUGUCAUCACCACUAAAAUCAAUCAGUUUGAGUUGUACUCUGAGGCCAGCAUCGCCCUGCUCCACCUGAAAACCCCACAGGAUUUCACUGAUCUGACCCAGCAGGCUAAAAAGAACCUGACCCUGGAUGGUAAAGAGUUAACCAUCAGCCCUGGCUACCUGUUCUGGGACCUCACUGCCAUCUCACAGUCCAAACAGGAUGAAGAUGUUUCUGCCAGCCGGUUUGAGGACAACGAGGAGCUCCGCUAUUCACUGCGCUCUGUGGAGAAACACGCCCCCUGGGUGCGACACAUCUUCAUCAUCACUAACGGGCAGAUUCCCUCCUGGCUCAACCUGGAUAACCCCAGAGUUACAGUUGUCACACAUCAGGAUAUCUUCCAGAACCACAGCCACCUUCCCACUUUCAGCUCUCCUGCCAUAGAGACACACAUCCACCGCAUCUCAGGGCUCUCCCAGAAGUUCAUUUACCUUAAUGAUGAUGUGAUGUUUGGCAAAGACGUCUGGCCGGACGACUUCUACAGCCACUCGAAAGGACAAAAGGUGUAUCUCACUUGGCCUGUCCCCAACUGUGCUGAGGGCUGCCCAGGAUCUUGGAUCAAAGAUGGCUACUGCGACAAAGCCUGCAACAACUCUGCCUGUGACUGGGAUGGAGGAGACUGCCUCGGUGCAGCAGGGAGCAGCCGGUUUGCGGCCGGGGUCGGUGGGGGGGCGGGUGGAGCUGGUGGACAGGUGUGGCAGUUUGCAGGAGGUCUCGGAGGUCUUGGGGGGACGUCAUACUGCAAUCAAGGCUGUGCCAACUCCUGGCUCGCAGACAAGUUCUGUGACCAGGCCUGCAACGUUCUCUCCUGUGGGUUCGAUGUGGGGGACUGUGGCCAAGAGCACUUUGGCGAGCUGCGUCAUGUGACCCUGCUGAGGAAUCAGAGCUUGUACACCCUCCCUGUCGGUGAGACCAGGCCGUACUUCAGCUUCGACCGACUGGCCCGCAGAAUCUCCGAGGCCCACGUCAGCGACAACCCGGCGCUUCGCCACACCUCCGUCGCCAACAAGUGGAAGACCAUUCACCUGCUGCUCUACCCGGGUCACAACGCCACCCAGAUCCAGUACAAUCUCACUCUCCAGAAGGACGAUGACACAGAGUUCCUAAUGAGCUUCAGUGUAGCCGUGGACACCCGCGAGGCGCCUCAGGUCAACGUGUCCACGGCUGUGAGCAAAGAUGCCGACAAAGACCCGAACCCGACCCCAACACCGGAGCCUCCCGUCCCGUUCUUAGAUAUUCCCGAGGACAAACAGGGUCCUAAGAUCCUGAAAAGGCAGCCUGGUGAACUUCAGGCUGCAAUACAAGUGCCUUCACUGAAUGAGUCACUUCUACCUGCAGAUAUACAGAGUGAGCUGCAGAAGCUGGACGAGAAGCUCCUGAUCGGGGACAUUACUAUGAAGGGUUAUAACUUUACAAAGGCUGAACUUCUAAAAUCCUACAUGACUGAAAAGAAGCAAGACAUUGAUUCACAACCCCAUAAUGAGGGAGCAGCCAAGCUCCAGGGAAAGCCUUAUAAGGACUUGGAGGGAGAGUAUUCAGAAGGAAAACCACCCGUGGAAGAUAAAGCAGGAAAUAUCAUGCAGGAAAAUCCAAACCCAAAAGAAGAAAUGAUAAGGAAAGAUGUGGCUGUGCCGGUAAAACCUGUCACUCCUCUAAUCAGCGUCGAUAUUGAUGAUACGCAGGAGAAAGACUUUGAAAAUCCCAAACAUUACAAUCUGAAUGCUGCGAUCGAGAGGCCCAAGACUUCCAAACUGCUGAGCAGAAUUUCCAAACCCAAGAGCACGGAGAGUCAGGGAGAGCCUGGGGACGCUGCAGGUGGAGCUCCAGUGGGGAGGAGACUCCAGCACUACAUCCACGCAGACAGAGGCUUCCUGCCCUGGGAGAGGAGGAAGUACUUCCAGAAACUGCUGGAGGAAGAGGAGCGUCUGCAGAGAGAAUUGUCGUAUGAGGCCGACGGAGGUGCCGCUGGCCGCCGGCUGCAGGACACUUUUGCCAACUCGCUGCGCUACGUCAACAAGCUGCUCAACGGCCAGUUCGGAUUCACCUCCCGCAAAGUCCCCGCCCACAUGCCUCACAUGAUCGACCGUCUCAUCAUGCAGGGGCUGCAGGACACAUUCCCGGAGGAGUUUGCCAAGACCUCAGGCCAUAGUGUUCGUCACUCAGAGGACAUGCAGUUCGCCUUUUCAUACUUCUACUUCCUGAUGAGUGCUCAGCAGCAGCUCAACGUGUCGGAUGUGUUUGACGAGAUCGACACCGACCACUCGGGUGUGCUGUCCGACCGAGAGAUUCGAACUCUGGCCACGAGGAUCCACGAGCUGCCCCUCAGCCUGCAGGACCUGACAGGCCUGGAGCAGAUGCUGAUAAACUGCUCUAAGACUCUCCCCACUAACCUGACCCAGCUCCACCUGGUGAACCCCACUCAGGAGGCCUACUAUGAUCCCAGCAUGCCUUCUGUCACCAAAGGCCUCGUCCUGCACUGCAAGCCCAUCACAGAACGCAUCCACAAAGCCUUCAGAGACCAAAAUAAGUACAGGUUUGAGAUCAUGGGGGAGGAGGAGAUUGCUUUCAAGAUGGUGCGGACUAAUGUGUCCCAUGUUGUCGGCCAGUUAGAUGACAUUAGGAAGAAUCCAAGGAAGUUCAUCUGUCUGAACGAUAACAUCGACCACAGCCAUAAGGACGCUUCCACGGUGAAAGCUGUGCUGAGAGACUUCUAUGAGUCCAUGUUCCCACUGCCGUCCCAGUUUGAACUGCCCAGAGAGUACCGCAACAGAUUCCUGCAUAUGGACGAGCUCCAGGACUGGCGAGUGUAUCGAGACAAGCUGAAGUUCUGGACUCACUGUGUCCUCGUGACGCUCGUCGUCUUCACCAUCAUGUCCUUCUUUGCCGAACAGCUGAUUCUUCUAAAGCGGAAGCUGUUCCCGAGACGCAGAGUGAACAAGGACAGCAACCCUGAGCGGGUGUGAGAGCGAGGAAGACUUCCCUCUCCUCUUCUUUCUGCACUUCAACCACCUCCACCCUUUCUCUCCUGCUCAGUGGAGAGGAUUCGGACCGGGGGACCGGGUGGAAACAGGAGUCUGAAGUCCCGCCUGCUUGUGUUGCAUCAGCACGGACAGAGGAUAGAGACUCGUGUGAGAUUGUGAUGAAACAUUUUUUCAUAAGAUGAUGGAUGGGGCUGUCCGGUGAAAGGAGUCACAGCCAGCAAGAAGAAGCGUACAAUUCUUCUUUUUGAGACUUUUGUAAAACACAAACACAAACAAACACAGAACACUCCCUCCACACUGCACCCCCCUCCUCAUGUCCUGCCCUCACCACCCUGUGAUUGAUGUGCUGUUAAAGUGUGAAGCAUUUGACAGCUGCUGGUCAGGGCUCUGUAUGUGUGUGUGUGUGUGUGUCGGUGUGUGUGUCUGUGUCUUUGUAGUGUGUAUGCAGCAAGCACGUUCUACCACAAUAUCCACAAACUUCUGUGUUUCAAACUCACACUGAUUAAUGUUUAUUUAAUUGAUUGCUCGAUUCAGUCACUUUUUCAAGGAAAUAUGCCAAUCAUGUUCUUCUUAAAUGUGAGUUUUUAUCAUCGAAUGUUGCUUUUAUAUUCAGGCUUUGCAUCAUUGUUCAAACAAAAAUAGAUAUCUGAAGUCAUCUUUGCUGCCGAGAAAUUAUGAGGGGCAUUUUUCACUUCUUUUUUUUUUAAAGACAAAACAAUAAAUAGAUUAAAGAAAUUGUCGGCUGAUGAAAAGCUUGGUACUUGCAGCUCUGGAUGUGUUUGGCUUUUAGCGCUAUGGCUUCAUUUAAAAAAAAAUGAAGGAAAAGGUAUAUAUAUAUAAGGGGAAUAAAAUAAUUGUGUUGGUAAAAAAUAUGAAAACUUGAAGUGCCUUUGUUCAUUCCUGCUUGUUGAACGUUUUUGUUUCUUUCCUGUUGUGUUUUUUAAAUGUUUCACACCCUAAUCUAAGGAUUUAUAAUGAGAAUGAAUGGGGUAUAGGAUAAUAUGGUUUAAAAUGUGGUACAAAUGUAAAUGAUUGUUGGAGCAACAUGUUAGUGAUGCUACAGCGUUCAUAGCCACCUGUGUGUGUGUGUCUCUGUGGGACUCAACAGGCUCGCUACUGUCUGAAAUUCAGACCCCUCAGCAUGUUGUGUAACUUAUUUUGAUUGUAUUAUUGUGACAGUGAGCCGGUGACUGAUGCAUCUGAUGCUAAAUAAAGCAGAAUGUAAACAUAGCCUCAGACAAUGCUCGUGCCAUAACGGUCACGUGUAUGAUCUCUGAUGUCAGCAGCAGUGAACUACAUAUCUGGAAAAUAGGAUUCCUUCAGAUUUCAUCAGUUCAGUGACUCAUCUGACGGAAAUAAAAUGUGGUUUCAGUCA